GUUCUAUUUGACACCAUCUUCAAUAUGCUCUGUCAUUUCUAAAUCAUUGUUAUUAUUUUGACCAUAUACUGGAAAUUCACUCUCAUAUCCGAGCUCUUUGAAGGAUGGCGUGCAAUGUUGCUGGUUACCAAGGUGGUGUUAACCCGUUGCGUGAAGCGUCAUCUUCAAACAGGCUUCCUGCCGUCACAAAUCCAGUAACACCUCCACGAUCGCGUCAAGGACUGAAGGAGAAUCCAAUUGUGAUUGAAUCAGACACGAGCGAUUCAGAAAGCGAAGAAGGGAGCGAGUAUGAAGACAAAGAUGACGGCGACGAAGAAAGCGAUGACUCCUACGAAAGUGAUGGAGAGCACGAUGACUUAUUCGAUAUUGACGAGGAAAAUAGAGCUUCGACCCCGGUGACCCCACCUAUGGAUGAACGGAUCGGAAAGGACUACAAUCUGCAAACACCCUCGAAGAAGAAAGAUGGCAGCUCCUCGGAUCAAUGCAGUGACGAUGAUGCGGACGAGGACUCCCGGAUCACUAGAUCGGGGACGAAAUACCCAAACCUCCGACGAGGUUCAAAUGCCCAGUUUGCUGCUAUUCAGAAUGAAUCAUCCAUUGGCAGCUCUGCUAUUCCUAUCAGACUUAGCACGUCUAGAUCUUUCGGACCUGAAACCGAGAAAUCAAGGGAUAAAGGUCCCCAGACAGACGGAAUGUGUUCACCACAAGCAGGCACGCUCGUACGCACUCAGAUUAUCAGCUCCUCCGCCAGCUCUAGUGGCGCAGCAAGCAUCGUCCCAUCCGACACUCGUGAGAAACUGCUAAAAGAUAUGACCCUAUAUACUACAACACCCACUCAUUCUACCAUGCGUCGCAAUAAGAAGGUAGACAGAGGUAGUACGGCAUUAGCAGAGCUUUACGGGGAACCCUCAACACUUGUCAACGGCUCCAAACAACAAAAGACAUCAGUACAUCCCUUCUCCGAAGAGCUCAGCGGCGACAUCCGAAAAAUCUUUGACAAGCCCCGCUGCAAGAGUGAAAUGGAGGAUGGAUAUGUGUACAUUUUCAAAUCGGACAGACACAAAGGCCUGAUCAAGAUAGGGUUUUCGGUGCACAAUCCAGACGGGAGAUUGAAAGAGAUUGAGGGGAAAUGCAAAGUGCCCUUGGUGUUUGUCUGGAGGACCGGACUGAUCCCACACGGACAACUCCUGGAAAAGGCGGCGCAUGCUGAAUUAAAAAUGGACAAGGCGACUUCUCCAUGCAAAUGCAGAAAGAAACACAGAGAGUGGUUCACCACCGAUCAAGAGCAUGUUAAAAAAGUAUUUCAGAAGUAUGCGAAUUGGUUAGAGACAAAACCUUAUGUGGAGGAGACAGUCGUGCGGUAUGUUCUAGCUAAUGAGAGCCGGCAGAGGAUGGAGGAGGUGAGCAGGCCGAUACCGAAAGAUUCACAUGAUUGAACUGAGUGUUGAUGCAACAUAGCUCAGGCCGAUCGGCUGACGAUCGAGCGUAGCUGCGCGGCAAGUGUAGAUGUA